ACACCUCAGAGGCGCGCGUGCUGUGAGAGGAACAUGCGGAAGUGCGCUGCUGCGUGAGUGACGCUGCUGAAACGCAUCGCGCAGGUGGAGCUCCGGUUUGACCAGAGUCUAUUGUUGUCUGUGCGCAGUGGAGCCAAGCACAGACUCACAGACACGUAAGCGCGUCCGGAGAGACAAGUUACCGUGAGAACAGUCCUCUAUCAACGUCGAGAAAUGAGCGGAGCGAGCCAACGGAAAGCCGGGGCAAGUGCGCGCUGAGCUUCAUGGGCGGAGUGACCUGAACAGAUAUGGCAGCGGACAAAGUUGCCAUCCUCACUGAUGAUGAGGAGGAACAGAAGAGCCGGUACGCUCUGGAGCAGUCCUUUAACUCUGUUACUCUGCAGCAGCAUGCGCCCCCUACCUCUGUGGCCCCGCCCCCUGCAGACCCCCCUCGGACUGACCCCCCUCAGGCCGACCCGGUGGGCUGCUGCCAAAGGCUGCUCCUGCGCAUCAACACCCACUUGCUCAUCUCCAAACUCUUCUACUUCUUCUUUUACGCUGCCUAUGGCUCUCUGCACCCCCUGUUAGCCGUGUACUUCAAACAGCUGGGCAUGACGGCCAGCCGCAGUGGCAUGCUGGUAGGCGUUCGCUACUUCAUCGAGUUCUGCAGUGCUCCCUUCUGGGGAGUGGUGGCUGACCGCUUUAAGAAGGGCAAGGUGGUGCUUUUGUUUUCAGUGUUCUGCUGGCUGGCCUUCAACUGUGGCAUUGGCUUUGUUAAACCAGCCGAAAUGAACUGUGUAAAGGCCACGACUACAACCACAACUACCACAACUACAACUACCACAACCACAACUACUAUUAUGCCAACUACUACAACACCUCUACUGACAAGUAUCUUUUCUUCACCAAACACCACCACCUUACUCACUACCCUGUCCAAAGUCAAUAAUGUCAUUGGGAACGUCUCGGCUGAAGAGAGGGUCCGCCGCAGUCUGGAUGAUCCAGUGCAUCCCAUGGAGUUGGCCCUGCCCUCCAAAAUCAGCCUGCCAUCCAACACCACCCGCACUACCCAAACGACCACACCAAAAGCCACCACACCAAAAGCCACCACACCAAAAGCCACCACACCAAAAGCCACCACACCAAAAGCCACCACACCAAAAGCCGCCAUUCCCACUCCAAAAGCUACACUGGGCAUUACCAAACCAACCACAGCCUUUACCAGCUCUACAGCUGCCCCCUCCGAAGCCAUCCCCAGAGAAGCUUCCAACAGCAGCCUUCCCUCAACCAACACCACCCAGAGCCCCGCCAAGCCCACCCCUUCCCCGCUAUACCAGAUCACUUACAACCAAGACCAGGUACAGACAAUCUUCCUUCUCAUCCUGCUCAUGGUGAUCGUGGGUGAGUUCUUCAGCGCGCCUGCCAUCACCAUCGUGGACACGGUGACGCUGCAGUACCUGGGGAAGGCACGCGAUCGCUAUGGGCUGCAAAGGAUGUGGGGGUCGCUUGGGUGGGGGCUGGCCAUGCUGCUAGUGGGCAUCGGCAUCGACCAUACACAUCUGACCGUGGCCAUCGAGGGGCUAGGCUGCAUCAUACCAGACGUCAGACUGCAUGACUACCGCAUCGCCUUCAUCGUCUUUGGGGUGCUGAUGGGGCUGGCGUUCGUCAUAGCCACACAGUUCCACUUUGAGAAAGGAGAGGGAUACCUGAGCGAAGUGCCUGAGGGGGUGGUUAUGGAGCCAGGGCACGCCCAGGGACAGACCCCCUCACAGCCCGGCCUGUCCCCGGAGCAGAUCGCGCAACCUGAGUUCCACUACAGCAGUCUCCUGAAGCUCCUGUGCAGUGUGCGCUAUGGCUCUGUGCUCUUCGUGGCCUGGUUCAUGGGCUUUGGCUACGGCUUUGUCUUCACCUUCCUGUUCUGGCACUUGGAGGACCUGCACGGGACCACCACGCUGUUUGGGGUAUGCUCCGUGCUCAGCCACUUGUCUGAGCUCGCAGCCUACUUUACCAGCCACAAGCUCAUCGAGAUGGUGGGGCACGUGAGGGUGUUGUACAUCGGCCUGGCCUGUAACACGACUCGCUAUCUCUACAUCUCCUACAUCAACAACGCCUGGAUUGUGCUGCCCAUGGAGGUCCUACAAGGAGUGACCCAUGCCUCCGUGUGGGCAGCCUGCAUCUCCUUCCUGAGCGCCGCCGUGCCCCCCGCCCUCCGCACCUCUGCCCAGGGCAUCCUCCAGGGCCUGCACCUGGGGCUAGGCCGAGGCUGUGGAGCCAUGAUCGGGGGAGUCUUCGUCAGCUACUUUGGUGCUGCAGCGACAUUUCGAGGCAUUGGCAUGGCAUCCCUAGUCAUCCUCCUCAUAUUCGCCUUCAUCCAGUACAUGACCCAAGAGUCGGAGGAGAAAGAAAGCCAAAUACUGGCAGAGAACAUUCCUGUUCCCUCCAGCCCGGUGCCCAUCGCCACCAUUGACCUGGUGCAGAGUGGGAGUUUAUCGGGCAGCUCCACCCCAGUGCUCCCCGUGAAGAAGACCAAGCACCAGGAGGAGCAAGAGGACCCGUGGAUGCCAGCCUGGGGGGUCUCGGGCUGUCCCUGGGUCACCAUUGCCUUUGCCGUGGUGCAGAUCAAAGAGAUGAUGCGCCAGGGCAGGAGGGAGGAGCCGUCAGAGAGCCAGCCCCUACAGGUACCUAAAGAAAAGAACACAUGCACAAGCUCAGAGGAGAGUAGCGUGAAUGUGUCUGAGACUGGAUCUGAAGAAGUACCUACAGGACCAAAGACUACGCAGCAGACUCCACCCUCCACUGAUCAGAGUGAGAGGGGGAGUAGCUCUGAACAGGAACUGGCACAAGAUAACCCCGUCUUCCUACCAGACUAAUGCAGUGCCCACCUGUGGCCACAAGACUGACUCAUCUACUGAUUAAACUUAAAGACAAGAUCCUAUAACUGACUUGAAAGAUUUGAACCGUGUUAUAAUGUUGUUUCGGCAUCAAAAACCUACCUUAAGUUGUAUUCAUCUUUACUUAUUUAAAAUGUGCAAAUUAUGAUCUACGGAUGUCAUAGAUUAGAACAGUAUGGCAGACACAAGCACAAUAGGUCUGCUUUCAAGUCACACACCUUAAAGGGGCACUAUCUGAGUUUUUAGGUGGAGGCUCUGGAAUCUUUUGUCUCUGGACAUGUUGGUUUACAUGGAAUGAUUCACGAAGCGUCUUAAAGUGGGACUAAACACCUAAACUCUGCCCACAGCCUCAUUUCAAAUAGAGCUGAAAAACUGGGCAGUAGCUGGAGGACUAAAGAGGAGAGUGAAGGGGGCGAGGUCUGGACAUAUGAAGAGCAAUGUGAUUGGUCUAACAGGUAUCCACACUUCAAAAUUUGCCCCUGCCAUCAAGUGUUUGUAACUCUAAUCAGGGUAGUCUUUUGUGAUGUCACCAACUACUAGAAAUUGCAGAGGCCACAGAAAGCAUCACAAACUUGGAUAUAGGUAUGUUUUUGACUAGAAAGCUGAAAAUGCACUUAGUUUACAUUUAGCUUCCAAAAAAUGACUAGGAAGAGUAGAUAAUGCUUUUCUAAACAUCACAUUUUCCCCCAUUUGGCAUUGGAAACUCCUGAAAUUAUAUUAAUUUUAAUGCCUUACUUUGGAAAUUUCUAGACAGAGUGAUCCUAUUUCCAUGAGGCAAGCAAGCAACAGACCCUCCAUUAGAAAAGUUAGAUAGUGUACCUUUAAUCAGACUUUUUGCAUAUUUACGCCAUCACAUUUUUGACCGCCCAAUACGGCCUGGUCCACUUUAUGACAUCAUCAGACGGUUAUCCAGGAAGUCCAUACACCUUAAAGGGCCCAUAUUAUGCUGCUUAUGUGUUGUAAUGUUGUUUCCUCAUCAAAAAUAUACAUGUUUAACACACAAACCCUGCACAUUUAGGCCGAGUUCUACUCUCAAAAUGAAGCACUGUUCCACCUUGUGAUGUCAUGUGAUAAUACAGGAAGUGCUCCACUGUGUUUUUAAACUCCAUACACCUUCAUUAGAAUCAUUUGGAUACUUUCAGCCCUGGGAUUGCCUAAUGUCAUCAGAAGAUAUUGCAGACUUUCUGUGGCAAUCUCAACUGAACAAAAAGUAAAACUAAAAUAUUUUAGAAGGGGAAAAAUAUGUGGUUAUUCUAGUGUUGCAGUUUAUAACAGAUCAAAUUAGGCUACAAAUAGCUGUUAUCUUUAAAACUGCCACUGCCACUUAAUGACAUCACAAGGUGGAACAGAUUAUUUUGAACUUUGGAGAUCUAGACUGCUCAACAAUGCAGAGUUUGGGUUGUAUUAUUUUGCAUGAGGCUGCCAAUCCUGACAGCAAAUCAGUUUUACAGACUACAGAGCCGUUUUAAAGAAUCAAUGCACUGUUGGAGCACAUGAACAUUUUACACAAAUUAGCCUAGUUGAUAUUACAGAUUAGCAGCAAAACCUUUCUCAAAUUCUUAAUUCAAAUUAAAAUGAACUUAGCUGAAAGUUACACCACAAAGACUGUAGUUUAGCUGCAUUUAGAGGCAAAAGUGGGCGGGACAGUAUAAGGUCAAUUGGACCUUUAACACCAAGUCCUGGGGUUCAAAUAUGGCUGUCAGAUUAAUGGGCCAGGGACAGUGACACGUGUAGCCAGUUUAGCACUUAGCAUCUAGUAAAAGAAAAAUUCAAUUCUGUCAAUUGGAUAAAAAGUUGUAGGAGUGAAGACCUUACGCUGCUCAUCCAAGCCACUUCUUCAGUUCUGCUCAGAUUACUGGUGGACGCUGCCUUAUGUCUAUCUGGAGGAACUAACUCUUUAGUACUUAGUUACAUCGGGUGGCUCUGCAGUAACAAUAACCCUUUUUGCCAUGUGACUGCUCUGACCAGUCAGAGCGAGGGCAGGUUAGAGAGAUUCAAAAGCUGUCAUAGCUGUGUAGCUAACUUCUAUGCAAUGUAUAUGGAACUCAAUGUUUUAUUUUGAGUUGUAAACAGAGGUGGGUAGUACUCAGUUAUUUGGGUAACGUCUUAAAGAAAUUAUACUUUUCAGAGUACUUUUCUAGCAGCAUGCUUUUACUCUUACUUGAGUAAUAUUAUUAUUGAAAUAACGGUACUCUUACUUUGUCUUAAGUUGUGGUUCCUAAGUCACAAAAGCUUUAUGUUGAAAUAAUUUGAACAUUUGUGUUUUUUGCACAUCUCCUUCAGAUAUGAUUUAGUUUUCAUUUUUGUUUCUAUUCUAUGUAAAUACAAAAUUUUGUGCAUUAUUUUACAUUUUGUCCUUCAAAUUGUAUUCCCUUCAAAUUAUAAAUCAGAUGGCAUGCCCUGAUAGUUACUCUUUCAGUUACUCUUUCUAGAGUAGUAGUUUUUCCAGUAAUUUCUUGGACCACUACUUUCUACUAAUAUUAUUUUGAAGUACCAUUACUCUUACUCGAGUACUAUUUUUGGCUACUCUACCCACCUCCAGCUAUUAAUCAUGAAAUAUACCAACGGCAAGUAUUUUAAAAAGUUAGAAAAAAGCGCAGUAUGGGCAGGAAAUGAGAAUGCAGUGUAAAGGAGUCCACAGGCAGGUCUUUACUUGUAUUAUUUAUUAUAUAUUUAUAUGAUUGUGUACUGGUCUGUUGCACUUUUUUUGAAGAAAUCUGAAAAUGGAAGCUGACAUUUGUAACUCCUUUUGAUAGGGCAGUGUUGCAGCUGGGGUCUUUUCACUGCUGUCUAAUGCUCAUUCAAUGCCAAAAAUAUUUAAAAUGUGUUAAUACUUACUGUACAAUACUUUGGUUUGAAUAAAAUUUGACAAAUUUGAAAUGGG